CCUAUCCCCGUGUUUUUAACAAACCCAUUAUCAAUUCUACUCUGGAUCCUGACAUCAUGAAGACUCUUUUGAUUUUGUUUGUUUUAAUGAAUUUGGACAAACUCCUGAAGACAGGACACUGCACAGAAACGCGAGACCAAAUUCUAUCAAUCACCCCAAAAACACUGGAACAAGUUUACAUCUUGAGGAAUGUUUCCACUCAACAUGAGACAGCGUUAUGGCAGCCUGCUUCUCCCCAGUUCAUCAAAGAAGAAACUGAGGUCCACCUGUUUGUCCCUGCAAACAGCUCAGAGACGGUCAAGAAUCUGCUGCAGAAAAACACCAUAACACAUCAGGUGUUACUGGCCAACACCAACGAGCUGAUUGAAAUGCAGACGAGGAACGACUCCGGUGACCCACGAAGCAGCUCAACCUUCUACGAGAGAUAUCACAGUCUGGAGGAUAUCUACUAUUGGAUAAACAGGACCCAACAGGACAACCCCAGCACGGUCAAAGUCGUUCUUAUUGGCUCCUCGUAUGAGAAGCGACCACUCUACGCGCUGAAGUUAUCUCUAAAUGACAGGCCAAAUAAGAAAGCAAUGUGGAUCGACUGUGGGAUCCAUGCCAGAGAGUGGGUCUCUCCUGCUUUCUGCUUAUGGUUUGUUCAACAUUCGUUAUCAUUUUACAAGUCAAAUCAAGACAUUACUCAGAUCCUGGACAACAUGGAUGUCUACAUUAUGCCUGUUAUGAACCCUGAUGGAUAUCAUUAUACAUGGACUACAAACAGGAUGUGGAGGAAGAACCGUUCUGCCAGCAGGAGCAGCAGCUGCAUCGGGGUGGACCUCAACAGAAACUUUGAUGCCAACUGGUGCACGGAGGGAGCCUCUGACGAGCCCUGCAGUGAGAUCUACUGUGGUGCGUUCCCUGAGUCUGAACCGGAGUCUCAGGCCGUGGCCGACUUCCUGCGCAGCCACAAGGACUCAGUCCAGCUCUACAUCAGCAUCCACUCCUACUCUCAGAUGCUGCUCUUCCCGUACUCCUGCACCUUAGAAGAAGCAGAGAACCACAAAGACCUGCUUGAAAUGGCCCAAGAAGCCGCCCAGAAAAUCCGAAGAUAUUACAGGAACAACUACAUAUAUGGUUCUGGAGCAAAGACCAUAUACUUGGCUCCUGGUGGUUCUGAUGAUUGGGCGUACAACCUCGGCAUCAAAUACUCCUUCACAUUUGAGCUCCAGGACCGCGGGCGUUACGGCUUCCUCCUGCCACCAUCUCACAUUGCCAGGGCCUGCAAUGAAGCUCUCACUGCUGUGAAGACUAUUGCUCUCAAGGUUAUAGAGAAAACACAAGCUCCAACAAGUUCUCCUCAAACUGCAUGAGCAGUUUCACUUGUUGUCAAGGCUGAGACUUCAAUAUUUUAAGUCAUUUUUAAACUGAUUGAAGUUACAAAUUAAGUGUCAGUGUCUUCUGUCUUAAAUCUGUUUCACCAAGCAGCAUAUAUCACACAUUUAUUAAAACGUUACGGUCAUGUUACUUAAUAACCAUUCAGUUACCCAACCUUUGCAACUCUGCAUAAAAAAUAAAGAAGCAUAAAAAGCAACAACAA